GCCAAACAGAAAUACAUCGGGUCAGCCAUGACCUCCCAUGCCCUGGGAGAUCAACAAUACCUGGAUAUAUUAGGCCAGGAGUUCAAUUGCAUGACACCUGAGAAUGAGAUGAAGUGGGGAUUACUGGAGACCAGUAAAGGACAGUAUGACUGGACAAAGGCCGACAAAAUGGUGGAGUUUGCACAGACACAUGACAUGAAGAUUAGGGGACACACCUUCCUAUGGCACACGGAGUUACCUUCGUACGUGGGUACACUUGAUGGCAAAAAGGCUGAGCUUGAGCAAGUGGUCAAGGACCAUAUUAAUACAGUGGCCGCACAUUUCAAAGGUAAGAUCUACGCGUGGGAUGUCGUCAAUGAGGUGCUCAAUGAGGACGGGUCGGGCAAUAAGCUCAGGGACAGCAUAUUUUCGCGAACUCUAGGCUCUGGUUUCAUUGAGGAGGCUUUCCGUACGGCACACGCGGCCGACCCUAACGCCAAGCUAUACAUCAAUGACUACAGCAUCGAAGGCCUGAACAAGAAGUCGGACGCCUUAUACGAGUUGGUGAAGGGCUUGAAAGCUAAGGGUGUGCCCAUACAUGGGGUCGGUAUGCAGGCACACUUCAAGGAGGGUGGGGUUCCCGCAACCCUUCAGGAAAACAUUCAACGGUUUUCCGAUUUGGGAGUCGAUGUGGCUAUUACUGAGCUUCAGGUCAGGUAUCUAAUGCCUGCCUCAGCUGAAAAGAUUGCCAAACAGGCCCAGGAUUAUAGCCAUGCUUUCAGCACCUGUGAGAAUGUGGACAGGUGUGUCGGGGUUACCGUUUGGGGGUUUACCGAUAAAUACUCGUUUUUCUUCGACACGGGUUAU